CCUGAUGUGGACAGAAGAGUUGUGUACUCGGAGGACUUAACAUGUCCCAGAGAAUGCACCGACAUAGCUGAGAAAAUGGAGUUUAAAAAAUAUUUGUUUUUCUUGGAUUAUUAUUUUGCUUUAAUUCUGAUUGGAUCUCAGCUGUGGAGCGGUUCUGUCUGUGAACUGCUUCCUGGAUAUAAGAUAUAUACAAGUCCAUCGGUGACGGUGCAGCGAGGUCUCUGUGUCCAUGUUCCAUGCUCAUUUACCGUGCCCAGAGAUGUAUGGUUAUCUAUAACUACCACUGGUACAUGGUAUAACUUCUUCAAUAAUUAUGGACUAACUAUUGCUUUUAAAAAUAAUCUUAUACAUCAGUCAUAUAACGGACGCUUCUUUCUGACCGGAAAUGUGUACAGAGGAGACUGCUCAUAUUCCAUAGAAGAUCCAUUGCCUACAGAUGAGGGAAUAUAUUAUUUUAGAGUUGAAGGUGAAGGUCCCCUAAAGUUCACCUAUCGGGAUAUCCAGCCUUAUGUGAAUGUAACCGAUCUCACAGAUAAACCUACCAUCUCCUCUACAAGGCUGGUGGAUGGGAAUGAGGUGACAUUGACCUGUACAAGUCCUGGUAGAUGCUGGAAGAUAAGACCACAGAUUACAUGGGAUUGGGAAAGAACCAUGACUGGUAUAAGACAGGAGAUGUAUAAUAUCACCUAUGGAGAUGGCAGCAGAACCUUCCAAUCCAAUAUCACAUUCACUCCAAGGAAGUCACACAACAAUUCAACAUUAUUCUGUAAUGUGACCUUCGAAGGAAACUUUUCCACAGCGGAGAAGAAAACUCUGAAUGUUGAAUAUCCUCCAUCUAUGAAUAUCACUCUAGAAGGUGCUGAUACUGAUGAUAUCACCGCUGUGAAUGUGAAGGACGGGGAUUCUAUAACUAUGAAGUGCAUUGUAGACAGUAACCCGGAGGCUUCCAUUAUUUGGUAUAAAGAAGACAUGGAGGUCCAGCGGACUAUAAGUGACCGGACUGUCACCCUUACACUCAGCAACAUUACCCCGAGUGAUGCUGGGAGAUAUCGGUGUUCUGCAGAGAAUGAACAUGGGGCCGCACACAGGACGGUAGAAAUCAUAUAUCACAAUGGAGACUCCAAUCACAUUACACAAAUUAUCCUAGCAACAAUCGGAACAAUCUGCCUCCUGCUGCUUGCAUUGCUUGCAUUUGCUUGCUGGAGAAAAAAACAGAAGAAGCUGACAAGUGCUGAGAUGGAAGCCACAUAUACUGAUCUGAGGAGAUCAGAUAUCACAAGUAUAUACGAUCAGCUGAAGCCUGAGAUCCCGGCGGACACCAAUGUUAUAGGAUCAGAUGAGGCUGCAGCUAAUAAUUAUGAAAACAUCCAAAAGAAAAAUGUUUUAAAAUGAGAUUAAAAUUACCUGUAAUAACCAUUGGUCCAUAGUUCUUAUGUAAGGUAUUGCUGGUAGUACUACAGAUUUACCUCUAUUUGUUCUCUCUUUGUUUCAUCAUUGUCUCAAGGAAUGUUAUAAUUACAGAUGAGCGAAGUAUUAGAAAUCCAGUUCGACUGCUUUGUGGAAUUUUACAAAAGCGCAUUUCUUUGGAAGUAGUGGGUGCAAUGACAGGGAACAGCGAUUGCAGCGAUCCCCGUCAUUGUAUCCCUCAGAUACAUCUGACAUAAAUAUUAAAAUGUAAAAUAAAAUAAAUAAAUAAAAUCAUACUUACCUCUUCCAUUUGAUUGCGAAGAGCAAGCCGUCACCAUCUGGAUUGAAGAUCCAGCGCAAAAUCUUGUGCGGCUCGUGAUGACAUCAGUACGACGGCCGACAUGGUAACGUCAUACGUCACCGCACAUGGGAAUUCACAAGGGAUCUUCAAUUAGGAUGGUGGCGGACAGAUCUUCAUCCUCAAAUGGAUGAGGUAAGUAUGAUUUUUUUACAUUUUUCAGAGAAAUCGAUUAGUUUCCAUAAAGCACGAGAAAAAUCGGAUUUGUUGUGAAUUUAAUUUUACUUGAACUUCAGAUCGAAAUGCACUUUGUGGACUUUGAUUCGCUGUACAAUAGUUAUAAAGGCUAAAAUGUGUAGAAACCCUCUUAUUGCCUAUAUACAGUACAUGAAGCUAUGACCCAUAAUGUAUGAGUGUUCCUCUGACCUAAGGGAGUUACGCAGGUACAAAGUACUGGGCAAGUAAAGGAGGGGGGGGGGGGGGGGUCCUGGAACCAAAAUCUAAAUAUACUGUAGGUAGUAAUAAAGUCCUGUGAGCACAGCUUCAUUUCUACACUGUUAUCAUUUGCUGCUCAGAUAUUAUUGCUACUUAAGAACCAAUUAUAUCAGUCUGACAUCAAAAUAUAGGGCGGGGGGGGGGGGCGGGGGACGGUCCCCUAAUCAGAACCCUCAUUUAUUUAUUAGAGAAAAGAAUAGCUACAAAGUAUAUCUCUGCAGGACCCAGCUCAUCCAUGUGCUACACGAACAGGCUACUGAUUGCCAUGUAAAAUGUGUGAUACUUUGUUUCACCUGUGGAGGCGCCGCAGAAACAAGUAUAAAAGUGCCAAAGACAAAAAGCUACAAUCAGAUCACAGCUUUCAAUACAAGUUUAAAACCUAAUACACUAUAAUGUUUAGCUCUGAUGUUGAACAAACAAAAAUUGCAACAAUCAGUGAAAGUCAGUGGUGUUAUAUCAAAGGGAUUGUCCAACGGAAAAUAUUCUACAAUUCUCAAACCAGCCCCUGGAUCUGAAUACUUUUGCAAUUGCAUGUAAUUAAAAAUGUAUUAUAACUCCUUUGUUAUUCAAUUAAAGCUAUCGGUAUAGCGCCACCUGCUGUUUGCUCUUUUUUUCUAAUUUCUCUGUCCUGCUCCCUGAGAUGGGAUCAAAUGCUAAGUUUUAUCCUUCAACUGCCACUAUCUGCAGCAGAAAGAACACACUCCCUGAGAAGGGACACGCCAUCUAAGCUGCCAGCUUCAAAUUCAUCUAGCAGAGCCUAUGGAGCAAUGAAUGGAGAGAUCCCUGGAUCCAUGUGAGCUACAGGGCUGGUUCUAGCUUUGUCAGAAAGAGAUUGUCCUGUACUAGAUUAUGUGUUAUUUUUAUUUAGUACAGUAGUUAUGGGAGAACCCCUUCAAAUGUUUUUGGGUCACUCUGUGAUUUUAGAGAGUUAGCGUCUAUCUACUGUAUUAAGCCACUUAAGAUAACGUUGUCUACAGUGAUAUAUAACAUUAUAGUCGUAGAAGAUUAUUUUUAUUCAAAUUUUACAUUUUUAUUCUGCAAGCUCUGAUGAGACAAUAGCAUGUGGUUGAGGCACCGUCCUUACACUGAGAAAAUACCAAAAGCAUAACUAAUGUUAAUGGGGCAUCUACAGCUCUGGAGGACCUGACGUGUCCAGAUACUACAUAGAUGACCACUGCGCUAAUGAAGAGUAAGCGACCAUUCAGAAAGGAAAGUCCAACUAUGGUCAGAGUACUGGCAUCGCCUGUGAUUGGCCUUCUAUUUGGGGGCACAGCAGCUUGACAGUGGUUUACAAA